AUGGGGGAUGCAAAAUUAUACACAAGGGUAAAGGCCUCGGAUAUACUGACAGAACUUAAGAAUUAUGAGAAGAAACCAAGAUCGGGUGUCUAUCAGAAAACAAUACUGAAGAAGAUCAUUGUGAAUUUAUCCAUUGGAGAUAACGAAGUUAUUAUAUUGGCUAGUGAUGUUGUUAGAAUUCUUUUUAAUAUGGGCUAUGAGGAUUUAGAAGUGAAGAACAUGUGCUAUCUUUAUUUAAUAACUUAUUGGAAACAUUGCCCAAAGGAAGCUAUAUCUGCUCUCCCAUUCAUGGUGGAAGAUUAUAAAAGAAAUAGUGACACAUCUGUUAUUGAUGCUUGUGCCGCACUUAAAACUAUUGCUUCAAUUCAAUUGAAAGCGUACAUAGAUGCGUUAACUCCACUUCUUGAAGACGCAUUUAAUGACAGCAAUGCAUCAAUUAGGCGUACUGCUGCUUAUUGUGUUGCCAUGAUAUUCAGAAGUAACGAGGUUGAAAAUCCAGGAUCAAGUCCUAAGCUUCUACAGAUGUUGAAUGACGCACUUGUUGAUGAUGAUCUGGAUGUGGUGGCAGCAGCCUUGAAUUCACUGGGUGAUAUUACAUUAAAUACGGACAAACUAAAAUUAUCUACAGAUAAAGAACACGCCUUGAAACUGACAGAGGGCAUGGCAUCCUGUCAAGAAUGGUGUCAAGUUUCAAUUUUAAAUGCUCUUCUUACGUUUGUGCCACAGGACCAUAAAAUAGCAGCGGAUUUGAUCGAUCUUAUACUUCCGUACUUACAGUCAGACAAUUCAUCAAUCGCUUUAAAUGCACUUAAAGUAAUAGUUUACUUUUCAUACUACAUUAACAAUGUUUUGGAUGUUUUUCCAUCAUUGCCACAGUCAAUUUCGGCGGCGAUCUCUAAUUUAAUGCUUAGACCGCCUGAGGUUCAAUUUUUGGCCAUGAGAAACGUCAUUUUACUUUUACUGGAUAAACCUGCUUUGCUAGACUUGGAUAUCAGGAUGUUCUUUUGUCAGUAUGAUGAUCUUUUAUAUAUCAAGGACACGAAAUUGGAGAUUAUUUUUCUCCUUGCCAACGAGGGAAAUAUGGAUCUUGUAUUAGCAGAGCUUCAAGAAUAUGCCAUGGAGAUCGACAUUCAAAUGGUGAGAAAAUCAAUUAGAGCUAUAGGCAAUUUAGCAGUCAAGAUAGAGCCCACAAGCGAAAAAUGCGUCUCUGUGCUUGCAGAUUUAUUAUCAGAAUCAAUUCCAUAUGUGAUAGAAGAAAUAGCGAUUAUCACCAGAGAUAUUCUUCGAAAAUACCCCGGAACAUUUGAUUACCUCAUUGAUAUGUUGGUGGACAGGGUCAGUCUUAUUAAAGAGUCCGAUGCCAAGACUUCGAUAAUAUGGAUAUUGGGCGAAUACAGCUCAUCUAUAUCUAAAUCUGUUACGCUCCUAAAACAAUUUUCAGAAACUUUUGUGGAAGAAUCAACGGAAACUCAGUUGACGCUUUUGACCGCUAUUAUGAAGGCCCAUACAUGCCAACCAUACAAUAAAGAAUUGCAUGCACUUGUUGAGGAUAUUCUUGAAGUUACAAUCGUGGAUAUCGACAACCCAGAUUUACGUGAAAGAGGGUUGUUUUACUGGAGACUUCUUUCCUCGGGACUUCCGAAUAUUAUUGAUAUAAUAAAACCACGUCUACCCACACUAAAGAAUGAUCAGGCUGCACUUCCGGACCAUGUAAGGGAGGAGCUAGACUUGUGUAUGGGAAGUAUUGCAUCCAUAUACUUAAGGCCGGUAAAGCAGGUUUUUAGACAUUGCAAACCGAGAACACUUUCGGAUUCACCUGCAUUAGUUCGCCAAGAUUUAUCAAAUUCCAGAUUAAGCAAUCCUUUAUACAAUGACAGACGAUCAACAUUAUAUAGAUCCCGAUCCUCUACGUUGUCAUCAAAUUCGGGCUCAUUCAGGAGCAGAAUGGCGUUUACUUCUCAGCGUGUGAAUGAUUUAACAAGAAACGAAAAUAAUGAACCAUCACCAGCCGAAAACAACUCAGAAAGCCAUGGACUUUCUGGUAUUAUGAGGAAACUGUCUUUAAAGAAAUAA